CGUGAUGCCGGACGGCGCGGCACAAGCGGACGCGUUCCUGACGCGCGACGUCGACCUCCUGGUGUCGCAGAUCAAGGAGAACCUACGGCUGUCCAGUCUGAAGGCCAAGUCCAGUAUCAGCUGCAAGAACAAUCGGCCGUCGCCGUACCGAGUGCCGGCGCGUUCCUGGGCGGAUCCGGCCGCCGGCUGCGAGGUCUGCGGUCUGCGGUCCAACGGCCAGCAACAACAAUCGCAGCAACAGCAUCACGUGACUGCUGCUCAUCAUCAUCACCAUCACCAUCAUUAUCACAAUCAUUUGAAAAGGAGCGAGAGGAGGAUGGACGAUGACCCGUACGAGGUACUUCAGGAACUACUGCGCGAAGGCGGCCUCAUCAAGGAGGCGGUCAAGAGGCUGCAGGAGAACCUCGACGAGCUCUCGAGCUCGGAAGUGGACGAGGACGACGUCGUGAACGAUGAGGACGACAUGCGACGGUCCGGUGGCGGAUACCGCAGGAAACCGUACUUCUACGAUUCCGAGGACGAGCCGUUACCGCCGAUGUAUGACCCUCUGGAACUGUGAGCCGUCCGACGGCAACGUUUGGGGAAAACUUUUACGGACGUUCCUACGUUCUCGUCGUGAAUAAUACCGCUUUAUUCCGCGGUCUUUUUCUGAUCCUUUCCUUUAUCUUCUUUUGAUGAAAGGAACGAGACCCUUUCUAGGGUUGCUUCUUUUGUGAUUCCGGAAUGGAAAGUGUCUCGGAAAGUGGAAAACGAUAAAAAAGGUUCAGAAAGUAUCCUGUGAAAACGCGCGUUUCCUUCGCUCGGCCGCGUGGGAGUCCCAGGACGACGGCGACGGGAAAGUGUGCGUGCACGUACGUGCGUGCGUGUGUGUAAACACAAUUAGGCGAGAACUCGCCUUACAUGGCCGUGUUUGUAAAUACGCUGCGUUGUCGGCGCUGCGCGAUAGCUUCGCCUCGCCGCUGUAUCGACGCUCGCGGACGAACCUACGUGGAAGACUUACUUAUGGCCGCCAACGCGGCCUGCACCCCGCUCGACUCUCUUCACCACCUUCGUUUCGAAACGUGCGCGCGAGAUGUUCCUUUCCCGUACUGUUCUACAUCGCGUCGGUAUCUCGAGAUCAUUUCUUAAAUAUCGCUGGCGAACUCAACGUCGUCUCGACGUGACUAAUGUCUUUCUGUCAAUGUAGAUUUACUGUAAUCUCGGUUCUACUUUUCAUCUUUUUUUUUUCUGUUGCCCGUUUCUGCUAAUAUAGUUUAAUUUUAAUCUCGGUUCAACUAACUUUUUCUAGUUCUAGGAAUUAGAAAAGGAUGAAGAAGUAAGUUGAAUUGAAGUUGAAGUUAAUCUACAUUGUGGUAGAAACGGGCAUAAUUUGUAGAAACUAGAAGCAGAUAAAAAGUAAGUCAAGCUGAGAUUAAAGUUAAUCUACGUUGGUAGAAAUAGCCAUUAAUGUGCGUCAUUCGCCCGUUCAGAAGCCAUAAUGUUCCUUUUCUGCAGUGAUGCUCUGUAUUGUGUUAACGAUGAUUAUCGGUAUUCUGAACCGUUGAAAAAUAUUGGCGAUAAUCGUAGUGCAAGGUCGAUACGAUUCUUUGUAUAUAUUUUGAAGUAUCUAUUG